GUGCCCAAAAUCUCAUGCUGUCAAAAUCAGCUGGGAAAUUAUUAUUAUCGAAAAACUAUUUUUAUUUUUAGCCGCUGUCUCGCACACACGCUCGAUUUCCCAUGGCCAAGUCCACUGCAAGGGAAACCAAUAAUCGCAGAGUUAUUUGCUAAUGGAGGGAGCGUCUCUGGACUUGGCAGAUAAGCAAAACCGACGAAUGCAAUAAUAAUGGUUAUCAGCAAAACGUCGUCUUGAAAAAGAUGACGGACCCGGAAAAGCAGGGUGUUGAAGAGGACAUCAAAGUCCAAAUUCUGAGCGUCGGCUCAGUUUGCAACUGCCUCAUAUCAGCUUUGGCCCUUGUAUCACUCGGCUUUAUUGUUUACCAGUGCAAGGAUUAUCUUCGUUUUGUCUUGUUAUGGAUCGAGCAGCAAGACUCGUUGGUCGUGUACCUGAUCUUUGUGGUGCUCUUCACGCUAGUCUCGUUUCCGUUCACCUGGGGCUACAUUUUCCUCAAUCUGGCCUGCGGCUAUUUGUUCGGCACCCUCAAGGGUCUGUUUGUGGUGGCCGUCGCAGCCUUGAUCGGCAUCACCGUCGCUCACUACCUCAUCCAGACAUACUUCGCAGACCUUGCCAUGCAGCGGCUGUUCAACAGCGAAACAGCAAAGGCCCUGCUGGCGGUCAUUUCAGGGCCGCACGCCUUCAAAGUCAUCCUUUUUGCCAGACUCACGCCCAUACCUUACGGACUGCAAAAUACAAUUUUUGCUGGCAGCAACAUAAGCUACAAAAUGUACCUUUUGGCAUCGGCCACUGGUCUCUUCCCAACGCAGGUGAUCAACGUUUAUUUGGGUUCCACCCUUCGAUCCAUGGAGGAUGUUCUCUCAGACGAGUCGACAGCCUCAACAGGCUACCUAGUAUUUGCUGUGCAGAUACUGGUCGGGUGCCUGCUGAUGACAUUUGUGGUUCACAAAGCACGGGCUGAACUCAAAUCAGCUUUAGACGACACUGAGAAGUGCCUGAAGCAUCCGUACAGAUGACUUCGAGGAUGCAGCUUUAGCUAGUAGCACACACAAACUAAACGCUUAAAAUAUUUUUAUUAUUUUAGGACCUUUGCAAUUCACCUUUUAUUUCAAACUGCAAUGAAGCAGAUUUUUAUUUAUAUUAUUUCCAAUUAAUUCUUUUUAAACAUUCUCAAAACGAUUUAUUAACAUCAUACUUAACUUGUGAUUAAUAAUAAAUGAAAAAUUGUAUUUAGCUGUGAUAGCAUCUUGAUGCCUAUGAGCAUUUUCAAAAUUAUACUUUAUUUAUAUUUGCUCAUCGAAGAAAAGCUAUAUUAGCACAAGGAAGCAGUAUGUCACAAAAAAGAACUAGUAUGAUUAUGGAUAGUCAAUAUAUAAUAAUUUAUACACUUCUUAUUUUUUAUUGAAAAUUUAUUAAUUUUCUUUUACCUUUUAUGCAUAAUUUAUAUUACUAUACUUAUGUUAGUAAUAUAAGUAAAAGACAGAUCAACCACCUAACUAUUUGAAUUUAUACAAGCCAAAUAUAGUACCAAAAUUAUUGGCCAUGUACUCCACGGACUGUUUCAUGAUAAAGAUAAUAAAUUUUUAUUAAUUUUUAGAC